UAGCCUGUGUAGUGCUAGUGGAGUUCAACGAUUGUGCUGUCAGCAGUGUUGGGAACAUUAUGCUGAGUUACAUUUGAAAAACGACAACAAACACCAAUAUGGCCGGCCGGACUAUGCAAGUGGCGCGAUGCCCAACAGACGAUCUGUCACUUACCAACUGCGCAGUCGUGAGUGAGAAGGACCCACAGUUUGAACAUCACGUGACCGUGAGAACCACGCCGACCCACAAGUUUGUGUUCACAGUGAAGACCCACCAGAGUGUGGUCCCAGGGACCAUCGCCUUCAGUCUGCCCCAGAGAAAAUGGGCAGGCCUCUCAAUUGGUCAGGAUGUGGAAGUGACCAGCUACAACUUUAACAAGUCCAAGCAGUGUGUGGGCACCAUGACGGUGGAGAUUGACUUCCUGCAGAAGAAGAGUGUGGACAGCAGCCCCUACGACUCAGACAAGAUGGCUACAGAGUUCAUCCAGCACUUCAACAGCCAAGCCUUCAGUGUGGGCCAGCAGCUGGUGUUUAGUUUCUGUGAUAAGCUGUUUGGCCUGCUGAUAAAAGACAUUGAAGCCAUGGACCCCAGCAUCCUCAAGGGAGAAGCAGGCUCUGGGAAGAAGCACAAGAUUGACAUUGGCUUGUUGCUGGGAAACAGCCAGGUGGUUUUCGAGAAGGCAGAGAGCUCCUCUCUUACCCUCAUUGGGAAGGCUAAGACCAAAGAGUCUCGCCAGUCCAUCAUCAACCCAGACUGGAACUUUGAGCGCAUGGGCAUCGGUGGCCUGGACAAAGAGUUCUCCGACAUCUUCCGUAGGGCCUUCGCCUCCCGGGUCUUCCCUCCAGACAUCGUGGAGCAGAUGGGUUGUAAGCAUGUGAAGGGCAUCCUGUUGUUCGGGCCUCCUGGCUGCGGUAAGACUCUGAUGGCCAGGCAGAUUGGGAAGAUGCUGAACGCCCGCGAGCCCAAGGUGGUCAACGGCCCCGAGAUCCUCAACAAGUACGUGGGAGAGUCCGAGGCCAACAUCAGGAAGCUGUUCGCCGACGCAGAGGACGAGCAGAAGAGGCUGGGUGCCAACAGUGGGCUGCACAUCAUCAUCUUUGACGAGAUUGACGCCAUCUGUAAGCAGCGUGGCAGCAUGGCAGGCAGCACGGGCGUCCAUGACACAGUGGUCAACCAACUGCUGUCCAAGAUAGACGGAGUGGAGCAGCUCAACAAUAUCUUGGUCAUAGGAAUGACCAACAGGCCUGACCUGAUAGACGACGCCUUGUUGAGACCAGGCAGGUUGGAAGUCAAAAUGGAGAUUGGUUUGCCUGAUGAGAAGGGGCGUGUCCAGAUCCUCAACAUCCACACAGCUAAGAUGCGUCAGUUCAACCUGCUGGGCAGCGACGUGGACGUCAGUGAGCUGGCCGCCGAGACCAAGAACUACAGCGGAGCCGAGCUGGAGGGGCUGGUCAGAGCUGCCCAGUCCACCGCCAUGAACCGACACAUCAAGGCCAGUGCCACGGUGGAGGUGGACCUAGAGAAGGCUGAGAAUCUGCAGGUCCACAGAGACGACUUCCUGGCCUCACUGGAGAACGACAUCAAACCUGCAUUUGGUACCAACUCAGAGGACUAUGCCAGCUACAUCAUGAACGGCAUCAUUAAGUGGGGCGACCCGGUGACAGCCGUGCUGGAUGACGGGGAGCUGCUGGUGCAGCAGACCAAGAACAGCGACCGCACACCACUGGUGUCUGUGCUACUGGAGGGUCCCCCCAACAGUGGAAAGACCGCUCUGGCAGCUAAGAUCUCAGAGGAAUCUCAGUUCCCCUUUAUAAAGAUCUGCUCUCCAGACAAGAUGAUUGGCCACUCCGAGAUUGCUAAAUGCCAGGCCAUCAAGAAGAUAUUUGAAGAUGCCUAUAAGUCCCAGCUGAGCUGUGUAGUGGUAGAUGACAUUGAGCGCUUGCUGGACUAUGUCCCGAUUGGCCCCCGUUUCUCAAACCUGGUCCUUCAAGCUUUGCUGGUCCUCCUCAAGAAACCACCUCCCAAGGGACGUAAGCUGCUGAUCAUCGGCACCACCAGCAGGAAGGAUGUGCUGCAGGAGAUGGAGAUGCUGGACGCCUUCAGUACCACCAUCCACAUCCCCAACAUCUCCAGAGGAGAGCAGCUGGUCGAGGCCCUGGAGAUGCUAGGUAGUUUCCAGGAGAAGGAGCGGGCAGACAUUGCCAAGGCGGUGAAGGGCCAGAGGGUGUGGAUCGGCAUUAAGAAGCUGACGAUGCUCAUCGAAAUGGCUGUGCAGAUGGAUCCUGAACACAGAGUUAGUAAGUUCCUGACCCUGCUGAGAGAACAGGGAGCGUUGGUUUCUGACAAGCGCAUAGCCAUCUAAGCCCAUGGUGGAGCUGCAUUUCCCAGCAGUAGCUGCCUCUCCCAUGGCUGAGGAGCGGAAGCCUGGGUGCGGCCGGCAAAGAGUGAGAGAUUCUAUCUCUGCCUAAUCUGUCCAUCCCCAACGCUCUCUGUGUAAUCUCUGUACUGCAUGUUUCCAUGGCAACCCCGAUUGACCACCCUCCUCCUCUUCCUCAUCAACACAAUCUCUCUGUGUGCGUAAAUUAAGUGAGAAUUAAGCACUGUUCUGUGUAUGAUUUUUAUUUCUGAUUCAUAUGGCACUCUAUUCCCUAUUUAGUGUACUACUUCUUGACCAGAGGUCUAUGGGCCCUGGUCAAAAUAAGUGCACUGAAUAGGGUGCCAUUUGAGACGCAUCCAAAGUGUUGUGAUCUGUGCUGCUAGCACUCCAUGGGAUUUUAUGUAUAAAAAGCAAAAAUAAGUUUGAUGUAUGUUUAUAACUAAAUGGUUAUUUGAUGAGAAAACAUGUAUAUGAUGACCUAUUGUGUGUUCGAUAUUACUUGCAUAGAUUUCUAAUCAUUCCAGGAAAUUAUGGUUCCAAGCAUUACUCUUAGCCCUACUCACUUUUGUUUUAUUAUGUUUCGUUUUUGACUCUCUUUGUUUUAUGAAUAAUUGUCACAAAUAAUUAAUCAUGAUACUAAUAUUGAUUAGAUAGUAACUGGAAAAAGUGAUCCAUUUUCAGACCAAGACCAUUUUAGAAGUGAACCCCCUCCCCAACCACGCACGCACACAAGCCUGAUGUUACUGUUGAAAUUGUUUCUGUAUCAUGCUGUUCUCUAUGAAUGAUCUCUGGAGACCCUCUGUUGUGCCUUUGCAUGCUGGUGGAUGGCUGUGCUGUUUCUUUGUGGACAGGAGGAGAGAGAGGAUAAGUGGAGGUAUACUAGGUUUAAAGCAUAUCGUUGUUACUCUUUGUCCUUACUGGUGGUCCUCUCUCAGUAUUUCUGUGGUGUGUGAGCUGUUUCUUAUGCCAGAAAGUGUCUGCCUUAACCCACGCCUUAUAGAACAGGAGAGAUAUGGUUCUGUUUCAGGAUGGCACUACCCUCUUUUGACUGUUAUAACCCAUGGGCCUUAUCUCUGCCUCCUAGUCCUGAUACAGAAUAGAGUCUCAAUAGACUGUUCUGUAUAAAGGCUAUAUGCCCCCUAAAAUACAAGAGAUAACGUUGACAUUAGACAUUAUAGCACCGCCUCUCUCCCCCCCAUCCUUGUGCAUGCCUAACACACUGCCAUUUAUAUACUGAAGUACAGUAUGCAGGUUUGUUUCAGAUAAACACAAGUCAAGUGUAAAUGUAUGGAAUUGAUAUAUCAACCAGAUGUAUACAUUAUUUGCAGUGACCAGUGCGCUUUUUUCCUAAAUCUAUUUGUAUCUAAGUUGCAAUUGUAUUAUUGCAAUAAAAGUGGACACAUGAA